AUGUCGUCAAUGACUUGCCUGGAGCCGUUCCUCGCUAUACGGGUGAUUCAGGAUUACCGACGUCGAUACAGACGAGACUCCUCCAAGACCUGUGACAAAGACUCCACUGUGUGCUGCGACGAUACUUGCUCGUGGACUUCCAAUCCUUCGACUGGCACUUUGUCGUGGUCUCCCAAAAAGUUCGUGUCCUACUUCUGCAGCGGCGACUGUCCGUUGAUCUACAAACAAAUCAACCAGCAGACCCACAUCCUUAAGAACGUGAACUCUUCGUACGAAGCCUGCUGCAAGCCUUCUUCGUUAGGCCCUUUGCAGAUGCUCUACAGGAAAAACGCCUCCAACUUUGUCAUUGAAUAUAUUCCAGGCAUGGUCACGAAACAUGCUCCUGUUUGUGAGGAGGGCUGUCAUGUUGGACGAAUUUUGGAAGACGCCAAGCUAUCGUAA